CCGUCGCACGGCCCAGGCGCAGCGGCCCGACCGUCCGCGCCUCGGAGCGUCCCGCAGCGCCGCUUGCUGUCCGGUCGGGGCCCGCGCGCCCGCCGCCCGCGCAUCUGCCCGACGCCCGGGAACCCCGGCGGGCCAGGGCGGCCCGGCCGGGCGCUUCUCCGCAGAGGCCCGGGGCGGCGGCUCCGCGGCUGACAGCGCGGGACCAUGGCCGAGGCGGCCCCGGCUGCGCCCCAGGAGUGGCUGAGGGGGGCCGACCUCCCCCGGGAGGCCCAGAUCCAGUCGGCGGAGAUCUCCGUCCUGGCCAUGGUGGCCGCCGUGCAGGCCGUGGAGAGGAAGGUGGAGGCGCAGGCGGCCCGGCUGCAGAGGCUGGAGGGCCGCGCGGGCAGCGCCGAGAAGAAGCUGGCGGACUGCGAGAAGACGGCGGCCGCGCUGGGCCACCAGCUGGAGGGCAAGUGGGCGGUGCUGGGCACCCUGCUGCAGGAGUACGGGCUGCUGCAGCGGCGCCUGGAGAACAUGGAGAACCUGCUGCGGAACCGCAACUUCUGGGUGCUGCGCCUGCCGCCCGGCAGCAAGGGCGACGCCCCCAAGCUGCCUGUGACCGCCGACGACCCGGCCCUGUCCUUCCCGGAGCAGGAGUGGGGCGGCCUGCAGGACUGGCAGAAGCAGCUGUGCAAAAAGCGCGCCGUGCGGGGCGGCCCCGAGGCCCGGGAACCAGGCGCCCCCGCCUCGCCCCCGGCGCUUCUGCCCUGGAUCAAGCAAGAAAAGGAAGCCCCGGGGAGGCCCCUGGCCAGCCCCGGGGGGCAGCCCCCCGCGCGCCCGCGCCCAGCCGACGGCUGCCUGGGCAGCAAGGAGAAGAGUCUGGAGGGCCCCGAGCCAGCCUGGGCAGGCAAAGUGGCAUCCGGCGAAGAAGCCUUCGCAGAGGGCACGCGUGAGGACCGGCCCCUCCCACAGGAUCCCCCCACUCAGCCCGCCCCGCCUCUGGACCCCCAGGGCCCAGCCGCACCAGCCGCGGCGCCUUGUGGCCAGAGCGCGGCCCAGAAGGAGCCCGGAGCCCUGCCCCCGCGCCCCCGGCCCGGCCCGCGGCCCCUGACCUGCGCGCAGUGUCCCCCGGGGCUGGCACCGCCCGCGCCCGCGGCCCCCCGCGCCUACACGUGCGCGCAGUGCGGCCAGAGCUUCGUGCACCAGUCCACGCUCACCGCGCACUACCGCACGCACACGGGCGAGAGGCCCUUCCAGUGCGCGCAGUGCCAGAAGCGCUUCGGCCGCCUGUCCACGCUGCUGGAGCACCGGCGCACGCACACGGGCGAGAAGCCGUUCCAGUGCGCGCAGUGCCAGAAGCGCUUCGGCCGCCUGUCCACGCUGGUGGAGCACCGGCGCACGCACACGGGCGAGAAGCCCUUCCAGUGCGCGCACUGCGACAAGCGCUUCACGCGCCUGGCCAACCUGACGGUGCACCAGAACGUGCACCCGGGCGAGCGCGCCUUCCAGUGCGCGCAGUGCGCCAAGCGCUUCGCCCAGAAGGCCGCCUUCCUGCGCCACCUGCGCGCCCACUCGCGCGAGAAGCGCUUCCCCUGCGGCCAGUGUGGCCAGACCUUCGCCUGUCGCUCCUGGCUCGUGCGCCACCAGGGCCGCCACGCCGGCCCCGCCGCCCCGGCCUCCCCGACCCAGGGGCCCCCUGCGGGGGCAGGGUGGGGGCGGCCUCCCCGGGACCCCGCCGCCGCCGCUCGGGGGGCUGACGGCUCCGGGCCCGAGCAGGGCCAGCGGGGCCGGCCUGGGGGCAGGCAGGCCAGUGGCCGCGACCAGGGAGGUCCCGGGGGUCCCCUGCACAGAUCUCUCUCCCGCGUGAAGAUGGAAAAUGCGGGAUAGCCCCCCCCCCCGGAGCGCUCCCCCGCAGAGGGCCACUGAGGGUGGAGGGGCGGUGGUGUCCCCAGAGUCCCCAUCCGGCCACCGCGGGCCUUGCUACGGCAGGAGGGGGCGGCGGGAAUGCCUGGGGAGGCACCCCCAAAGGGGAGAAGGCGCACGUGGUUUUAGGGGGAGCCGCCAGCCUUCUCGACGCAUGCGGACUGCAGAUUCCAAGGUGUCCAGGCGGGAAGGGGUGGGGAGACGCCCUCAGGGGUUCCACAGGUGCAUCCUGAGAGCUGCCCCUCCCACCCCCACGCGUCUAUCUGGGCCGCGUGUCUGUGCGCGCAUGCGCCUGGCCACCUGGCCGUCAGCGGCUCUUUGGAGCCACAGGUGUGUGCCACUUCCUGAAGACUCCGAGCCACAGGGGACCUGGGUCGGGGGAGCCACGGGCAACAGAGGUGGGAUGGGGGUCCGGAGGGAGGGGGGCACGGCUGGGCCACGGGAGGCAGGGAAGGGGAGCCCCCAAGCCCCGCCGCCCUCGCCCUGCCCUUGGCUGGGGCCCCACCAUCGCGCCGAGUUGAAUUCCUUCCUAGCCCCCACUCUCCUAGGACCCCCAGGCCGGGGGAGUCUCCCACCCCUCCGCGGCUGGGUUCCUGGGGGCGCGUGUGCCCGAGUGCGGUUCCCGGGAGUCUGCGCGCGUUCGCUCGGGGGCAGCGCUCUGCACGGAAGGGACGCUGUUAAAGCAGCGUGCCCCCUCCCCUCGACGCCCCCGUUGCUGGCUGUCGUUACCGACUCGCAGGACAGUGCGGGAUCCCCGGGACCUGUGGCUGGUGUCCGCGCCCACGCCCGAGUGACAGGGGGAGUGCUGGCGGGUGGCUGAGGGCGGGGCGCGCGGCGGAGUCCGGCGGGGGCGGCUGCCGCGCCUGUGCAAUAAAGACGUGUCCCCCCUGCU